CGCUCGCUUCUGUCAGUGCGGUGGCUGCGCCGGGAAACAUGGCGUCGGAGGGAAUGAUUUUAACGAACCACGACCACCAAAUCCGCGUCGGGGUCCUCACAGUGAGUGACAGUUGCUUCAGGAACCUUGCCGAAGAUCGUAGUGGGAUAAACCUUAAAGAUCUGGUCCAAGACCCUUCUUUGUUGGGUGGGACUAUAUCUGCAUACAAGAUAGUGCCAGAUGAAAUAGAAGAAAUCAAGGAGACGCUGAUAGAUUGGUGUGACGAAAAGGAACUUAAUUUGAUUUUGACAACUGGAGGAACGGGGUUUGCACCACGAGAUGUCACUCCAGAGGCCACUAAAGAAGUAAUAGAGCGAGAAGCCCCAGGGAUGGCCCUGGCAAUGCUGAUGGGAUCACUUAAUGUAACUCCUCUGGGCAUGCUCUCUAGACCUGUGUGUGGAAUCAGAGGGAAAACUCUCAUAAUUAAUCUACCAGGUAGCAAGAAGGGGUCACAGGAAUGCUUUCAGUUUAUACUGCCAGCCCUACCUCACGCCAUUGAUCUUUUGCGGGAUGCCAUUGUAAAAGUAAAGGAGGUACACGAUGAGCUUGAAGAUCUACCUUCACCACCACCUCCUCUUUCUCCUCCUCCAACCACCAGCCCUCACAAGCAGACAGAAGACAAAGGAGUACAAUGUGAGGAAGAAGAGGAAGAGAAGAAGGAUAGUGGAGUUGCCUCAACAGAGGACAGUUCUUCUUCACAUAUAACAGCAGCAGCCAUUGCAGCUAAGAAGCAUCCAUCCUACACCAGUUCAGCUGUUAUCAUGGCAAAAGGUGAACAGCCCAUCCCUGGUCUCAUCAGUUAUUGCCAUCACGCAGCAGGCAGUGCAGAAGAACUGAUUCCAGAUUCCAUCAUCUCUCGUGGUGUUCAGGUGCUCCCACGUGAUACAGCUUCCCUCAGUACUACUCCUUCAGAAUCUCCUCGUGCCCAGGCCACCUCUCGUCUCUCCACUGCAUCCUGCCCUACACCAAAACAAAUUAGACGGCCGGAUGAAAGCAAAGGAGUUGCUAGUAGAGUUGGAUCCCUCAAAGUCCAGUCCAGGUGCAGCAGCAAGGAGAACAUCCUUAGAGCAAGUCACAGUGCUGUUGACAUUACCAAGGUAGCAAGAAGACACCGCAUGUCUCCAUUCCCAUUGACGUCUAUGGACAAGGCCUUCAUCACAGUUCUGGAGAUGACUCCAGUGCUUGGAACAGAAAUCAUCAAUUACAGAGAUGGGAUGGGCCGGGUCCUUGCACAAGAUGUAUACGCAAAAGAUAAUCUACCGCCAUUUCCAGCAUCUGUAAAAGACGGCUACGCUGUCAGAGCUGCUGAUGGCCCAGGAGAUCGAUUCAUCAUAGGGGAAUCCCAGGCUGGUGAGCAGCCAACUCAGACAGUGAUGCCUGGUCAGGUAAUGCGUGUGACAACCGGUGCUCCAAUUCCAUGUGGUGCUGAUGCGGUGGUGCAAGUGGAAGAUACAGAGCUCAUCAGGGAAUCAGAUGAUGGUACUGAAGAGCUAGAGGUUCGAAUCCUGGUGCAGGCUCGACCAGGCCAAGAUAUCAGACCUAUAGGACAUGACAUUAAAAGAGGCGAAUGUGUGUUGGCUAAAGGAACACACAUGGGUCCAUCAGAGAUUGGUCUCUUAGCAACUGUUGGAGUAACUGAAGUAGAAGUUAACAAGUUUCCAGUGGUUGCAGUCAUGUCCACAGGGAAUGAGCUACUGAAUCCUGAAGAUGACCUCUUGCCAGGAAAGAUUCGGGACAGUAAUCGUUCAACUCUCCUAGCUACAAUCCAAGAACAUGGCUAUCCAACGAUCAACUUGGGAAUUGUAGGAGAUAACCCAGAUGAUUUACUGAAUGCACUGAAUGAGGGUAUCAGCCGUGCUGAUGUCAUCAUUACAUCAGGAGGUGUAUCUAUGGGGGAAAAGGACUAUCUUAAACAGGUGCUGGAUAUUGAUCUUCACGCACAGAUUCACUUUGGCAGAGUUUUUAUGAAACCAGGCCUGCCAACAACUUUUGCAACUCUGGAUAUUGAUGGCGUAAGAAAAAUUAUCUUUGCACUCCCAGGCAACCCUGUCUCAGCCGUUGUCACCUGUAAUCUCUUUGUUGUACCCGCUCUGAGGAAAAUGCAGGGUAUCCUGGAUCCUCGGCCCACCAUCAUCAAAGCCAGGUUAUCAUGUGAUGUAAAAUUGGACCCCCGGCCAGAAUAUCAUCGGUGCAUACUGACUUGGCAUCACCAAGAACCUCUACCUUGGGCACAGAGUACAGGGAAUCAGAUGAGCAGUCGUCUGAUGAGUAUGCGCAGUGCCAAUGGACUGUUGAUGCUACCUCCAAAGACAGAGCAGUAUGUGGAACUUCACAAGGGGGAGGUGGUGGAUGUCAUGGUCAUUGGAAGGCUAUGAUGCCACCAGCAAGAGCGCAGCUUUGAUGCAUGUCCACAUAUCAUUGACUGUAUCCUGUAAUAUGCAACGGCACAGCUAGUUUUUCUGAUUUGGAUAAAAGUUGAUCAGUAUAGUCAACAUCUUGAAUUCUAUUUCAAAUGGAAUUUAAAUAAAUACCUUUUAAAAAAAACUUUAAAACAAAUCUUAACAAAGAAAUUUAUUCUGAUUAUAUCAAAGCAACUUUUUCCUUUCCUUGCAAUUGCUUUGUGUGUUCAAUGCUAGUUCUAAUAGCGAUAGCUUUUAGUAGACAGCAGUAGGUGCCUGCAGAACUUGUGUUUUUUCUCAUCUUUAAGAUACAACUACUUAUGCUCUUAAAACAAGGCUGUCUGCUUAUUUAUACUAGCGUAGACAACACUUGAAUUUCCCUUAUUAGUAUGCUUCAUAACUGCUUCACAGAGAGCUUCUGCUUGUUCUUUAUCUUGUAUCUCGUGUUGAUGUGCACAGUGCCAAAAGCGGAGUGGCUGCACUGGGAACCCAGUGAAGCCCCGAGGUUUUCUCACCUCGCUGCGCAUUCAGGGAUCUCUCUUGUCCUGGCAGCCACCCAGCUCCGUACUCUUGGGCAGUAACUGGAUACCUUUUAUUUCAACAAACAAAAAAAUUGCUUCCUUAAGUGCUGACAGCCUUUUUAACCAAUACAUUUAAAAAUGUACAGAACUGAAAACUAAAAAAAAUCAAAGACUGAUCUUGUACAGAUAUUAGUGUUACCAGCAUUCGUGUGGAAAUUAAAUGAGCAAAGAAAUAAAACUAAUGUUAAACAACUCUGUACCAUAACAUUUUCUGUAAUGAUAUUGAAACUUAAAUGAAUAAAAAAAAUCCUCAAUCAUUAUUUAAAA